CGAGGACCCGGGGGUGUGUACGGAGAAGGAGGGGGGGGGGGCUUGGAAGGGGGGUCGGAUCCGCUGGAUACAAAGUAUCAUUUUUUUUGAAGCGCCGUCUCGUGCGGAGUGUCGCGUGCAGCGCGAGGCUGGGAGCUGCUGUUGGACCGCGCGGACUAGUCGCGUUGACAGGUAGAUUUUUAGGAGAAAACUUCGUUUGGAUGCCCAGAACAUAUAGCUCUUCUGUAUUUCAGCAUGAAUCGAAAUAAGCGAGAAAAGGAGUUCUACAGUUUGGACGUCGGUGACUCAACUUUUACCGUCUUGAAACGCUAUCAGAACUUAAGGCCCAUUGGCUCAGGGGCACAAGGAAUUGUUUGCUCAGCGUACGACCACAACCUCGAGCGAAACGUGGCGAUUAAAAAGCUCAGCCGUCCGUUCCAGAAUCAGACCCAUGCCAAGAGAGCGUACCGAGAGCUCGUGCUCAUGAAGUGCGUCAACCACAAAAACAUAAUUGGCUUAUUGAAUGUAUUCACACCACAGAAAACCCUUGAGGAAUUCCAAGAUGUGUACCUCGUGAUGGAGUUGAUGGAUGCCAACCUCUGCCAGGUGAUCCAGAUGGAACUGGACCACGAGCGGUUGUCCUAUCUGCUGUACCAGAUGCUUUGUGGGAUCAAGCAUCUUCACUCAGCUGGGAUCAUCCACAGGGAUCUGAAGCCCAGUAACAUUGUGGUGAAGUCCGACUGCACCCUGAAGAUCCUGGACUUUGGCUUGGCGAGGACAGCGGCCACAGGGCUUCUCAUGACCCCCUACGUGGUGACGCGCUACUACCGUGCCCCCGAGGUCAUCCUCGGGAUGGGUUACCAAGCCAACGUUGAUGUCUGGUCUGUUGGCUGCAUCAUGGCAGAAAUGGUCAGAGGUAGCGUGUUGUUUCCGGGCACCGAUCACAUUGACCAGUGGAACAAGGUGAUUGAGCAGCUGGGCACUCCGUCUCAGGAAUUCCUCAUGAAGCUCAACCAGUCGGUGCGAACCUAUGUGGAGAACAGGCCACGUUACGCGGGCUACAGCUUCGAGAAGCUCUUCCCGGACGUGCUGUUUCCCCCAGACUCGGAGCACAGUAAGCUAAAAGCAAGCCAAGCUAGGGACCUCUUGUCCAAAAUGCUGGUCAUUGAUGCAUCCAAGCGGAUAUCUGUAGAGGAGGCCCUCCAGCACCCUUACAUCAAUGUGUGGUAUGACCCGGCUGAGGUGGAAGCGCCCCCGCCACUCAUUAGCGACCAGAAGCUGGAAGAGAGGGAGCACACGGUGGAGGAGUGGAAAGAGCUCAUAUACAAGGAGGUCCUGGACUGGGAGGAGAGGACCAAGAGCAAUGUGAUCCGAGGACAGCCGACGCCGUUAGGUGCCGCAGUGAUCAAUGGCUCCCAGCCCUCAUCAUCAUCAUCCUCGUCCGCCAAUGAUGUGUCCUCCAUGUCCACCGAUGCCACUCUUGCUUCUGACACGGACAACAGCCUGGAGGCCUCAGCUGGAGCCCUGGGCUGCUGCAGAUGACUAUCGCCUCGCAUUGCUGCCCAUCUUUCUCUUCUGUGGUAUAGGGUAUAGGCCAACCAAAAACAAACUUCCUUUGGGUUAUUAUUAUUAUUAUUUUUAUUAUUAUUAGUCUUAUUUUAAUUUAUGGAAGGAAUCUCAGAACUCAACAAGUUUAAGCACUGAAUGUGACUAUUUUAAAUACAGUUUUGUGUUCUUAUCUGCUAUACCAUGUUACUAAGUUAAUUUGUAAAAUGUUUUGAUGAAUAUAAAUAUAUUUUUAGGUUUCUUUUUUUAGUUUCCUUCUUUACCAUAUUUCAACCGAUUGCACAGUCAAAAAAAUGUUUAUUGCAUUAGCUUGCUGUAUUUAACGCACACGUUUCUUUGGUAGACAUCUGGAAUACAUUUGUCUAUAAUGCACCGACUUAUUUUUGCUCAUUACUGGUUCCUUGUAAUAAUUAAGAAAAAAAAAAUGUUUUAAGCUGUUUUAAGGCAAUUCAAGAUUAUACUUGGUUCCUAAGUCUACCGACAGUCUCUCAGGCAGUGUAAUUCAUAGAUUCCUGUUUUUUUUGCUCUCUUAAGAGUCACUCUGUGUUCGCUUCAACUUCCUAAAUGCUAUGAGAGUGUGUCUUCACACAAAGCCAUGGCAGGUCUGCUUUUGGGGUAACUGAGCUUUUUUCGAGCGGAACGUGGCCACAUCUGCUAUGUUCUUCAGAGGGAUCUUGAUCGGAGCUUUGGCAAGUUUCCUAGCCGAGUUUUGGAGCCGGGAGAAUAGAUAUCCCUGAAAGCAGCGUGUGAUCAGGAGGUGCUGGGCAGGGCUUUGUGACACGCUGUGAUUCGCGUUUGAGCACCGUGCUGCGUGAUGGACGAAGAAGUUGACGGUUCCUGCAGUUCGUGGUUCUGGACGGUGCUCCCGGCGCACGUCCUGCACGCUGCUGAGAUGUGCAACACCACCCAGUUAGUUAAGGCUCAGUGUAACUAAUGCUCGUAUCAAACAUAAAAUCAUAACUUUUUGUUUCCUCCGCAACAUUUUGUAAAAAUUUUAUCGCCAUCUUCCACUUGCAGGAUGUUUACAUUAUAAUAAGCGUGUACUGCUUUCCUUAUCCGGUUACAACAGAAAAUACGAGUUCCAGGGGAAGGAAGCUGCGGUCAGAGAAAGACGAGGCGGACAAAGCACAGGACAAAAAUGCAUGUACAAGUGUACUAGUGCACUGUAAAUCCACUCUGUUCGGAUAAAGCCGAAUAAAUGAAACAAGAUGAAUUGUCCGUUUAAAAAAACUAGCUAUAAUAUAUGCAAUAAAGGCAUUCUUUCAGAAUUCAUCAUCAUCAUUAUUGUUACAAUUAUUAUUACUUCUAAGUGGAAAGUGCCUGUAGUUCUGAUGCUUUUGUUCUUCAAGUUCUAGAGGGUAAAGAGUUCCUGGACAGGAUUCCUACUGGUUUUGUGAAAAGAGCGUAUAUUUUCUCAGUCGUUGAUAACUUUUUGAGGUGGCCCUCGUCAAAAGUGGAGUUCUCUAUUUUUCUACUGUAUUAAUUUGCCCCAGUAUUCAGAAAGGGAUGUUCCGUUGGUGAAAAAAGUGUGGUUCGGACCGUUAUGCGCGUGGUACUUUUGAACAUUGUCAUAAGCGGUUAUUAAUCACGGUUCUUCUCGUCAGUGUUAUAUCGCUAGUGGGAUUUCACAUUGCAGCGUUGAAACACACGUGGUUGGACAGCAGGUGGCGUAGUGGUUAGACCUUGUAAUCCGAUAAUCUUGGCUUCCAAUGCCUGCGCUUGCUCUAAUACCCUUGAUCAAGGUAUUGACCCUUUAUUGAUAGAGUAAAAAUGCCCCAGCUGAAUGCGUAGGUAAAUCAGUGUAAAGUUUUAGGUGCACAGACCUAACAUUGUAGGGGGUUCAUGGUAUGAAGGGAAACGUGUCAGAGUAUAUGGGACUAUUCUGAGUGUGGGAAGGUUGUUUGACAGAUGUCUGCAGUGAUUUACAGCAAUUCAGCGCAUUUGUUGUCCAGAGACGUGAGACAAUUCCCCGUGCCGCAGUUUCGUGUCGUUAAUUUUAUUUGAAGUGCUCUUAAUUUUCUCACUCUUCCAUAUCCCUCUGAAGAAGGUAACCAGGUUUUAGUUUAACUUGUUCUUUUUUGCUUUUCAAUGGAAAAUCUCAAAACUUGUAAUAAUCACAAUUAAAGUAGGCUGAAGAUCUACCUCACACUGCAUUUCUGCAAGUUCUUGGAUACCUUGGUGCCCAUACGAUUAAGUAUAGAAAUGUGAACUGCAAUUUUCUUUUAUUUAUUUAUUUUUAAAGCGUAAUGCUGUCAGGGUUAGGAGACUUCAUGUAAGUUUUCUUUCUGUUUUCGUUUUAUACUUGUUUGUGUGCAAUACCUUUUUGCAUAUUGUGCAAGCAGUAAACAGUGGAUGUAGUCAUGUAGAUAUCUGUAUGAAGGCAAUUUUUUGCUACUGUCAAUACAUGUUUAUUUUUUCUCCUUUUUUUUAUAAAUUACAAUUUUUUGUGACUUGGUGCAGUCAUGAUGUAGUCAGUCUUGCCAGCCAUCAAAAUCUGGAGCCAUGAGACAGAGAGGCAAUAACGUGCAUGGUCAGAUAGAUUUUGAUUAUCAGGUGGUAAGGCCAAAUUAAUAAUCAUUAAAAAUACAAACGGUUGCCUAAAUGAGUAAAUGUGGUGCUGGUUUCUAAUGUUUGCUUGUGUAACCAGCCGUGCAGGUUUUAUUUCAACAGCUCUUCUAUGUGGGCAGUCGCUGCCCUGGACUACGAAAAGUGCACUAUGUGACGGAGCGCCCUGGAGAUCCAGUCCAGCAGUGCCAAUGUUGAAAUGUGAUGCAAAUAAACAACCGAAU